AAAUCCAGAGGUCGGAGUGGUCACUUGGAGGUUGGUAGUCAUUAAUCGUUACGAGAGUCUAUGGUCGUUGACUCAUUAUUUARCGCAAAGAAACACAGUUAGCUUCUACUAUGGCGCUUAGAAGAGCCGCCGCAACUGCAGUUCCAAAACCAAGAAGAGAUACUUCAACUCAAAGCGGCACCUCCUUUCUAUCCACUGUUAUUCGUCGCUCCACGGAUCUACAUGGAGUAACUCGGACUCACUCUACAAGCGAGUGUAGUGUUGAUUUUCCUGAUAGAGGCAAAUUCGAAGUUUCCAUCAGAAACCGAUGUAAGUCGGAUGCAACGAGUCUUGAAGAGUGCCUUGGUUUGUUCCAUCAAAUGGUUCGAAUGAAGCCCUUGCCAUCAAUUUUCCCUUUUAACCAGAUAUUAGGGGUAAUAGCUAGAAUGAAGCAUCAUUACACUGUGGUUUCCUUGUAUAAGGAAAUGGGUUCAAWGGGAAUCCGUUGUGAUGUUUGUACAUUUAACACAGUAAUUAAUUGUUUCUGUCACUUGAAACGGGUGGAUCUCGGCUUCARUCUUCUGGGGAACAUUCUCAAACGCGGUUUUGAACCAAGUGUUGUAACUUUCAAYACUCUGAUAAGGGGGCUAUGUGUGGAGCAUAGAAUUGAUGGAGCGUUGGAAUUGUUCAACCAGGUAGUAGAGAAGGGAUACCCAUGUUGUGAAGUCACGUAUGGUACAAUAAUUGAUGGGUUGUGCAAAACAGGGAACACAGGAAUGGCUCUUGGGUUGCUCAGGGAGAUGGAAGAAAAGGGGAAAUGCAGGCCGAAUGUAAACAUGUAUAGUACAAUUAUUGAUAGUCUGUGCAAAGACAGAUUAGUAGAUGAGGGGAUUGAACUGCUUUUGGAAAUGAUUGAUAAAGGCAUGUUACCAAAUGUUAUCACCUACAGUUCUCUAAUUCAGGGUUUAUGCAAUUUAGGCCGAUGGGAAGAAGCUUCGAGAUUUUGUAACGACAUGAUGGCUCAUGGAAUUCAACCAGAUGUAGUGACCUUUAGCAUUCUUGUUGAUGCUCUUUGCAAAGAAGGGAAGGUCAAAGAAGCACACUCCCUGUUAGAAUUAAUGAUUGAAAGAGAUAAGGAGCCUAAUACAAUCACAUACAGUUCACUAAUGGAUGGAUACUGUUUGCAAGGGCAAAUGGAUGUUGCUAUAGGAGUCUUCGAUUCCAUGGUGAAUAGAGGGCAUGAGGCUGAUACAGUUACCUACAGUGUGUUGAUCAAUGGGUUUUGCAAGAUUAAGAAGAUAGAUGAGGCCAUGAUGCUCCUAGAAGACAUGCAUCGCCAUGGAUUGAAGCCCACAAUUAUUACUUACAAUACUCUCAUCAAUGGGUUGUGCUUAGUUGGGAGAAUUACAGAUGCACAAGAGCUCUUUAACAAGUUGCAGGAUGAUGGUCAUAAUCUAGAGAUAUCCACUUAUAACAUUUUGUUGGAUGGUAUGUGCAAGAACAAUCAUCUCGAUGAGGCAAUGAAGCUGCUCCAUCUGAUGGAAGGAAGCACAGUACUACCUGAUGUUAGAACUCACAACAUCAUUAUCGAUGGUAUGUUUGGAGCUGGUAAGUUUAAAGAUGCCAAGGAACAUUUUCACAACAUAUUUUCCAAAGAAUUGACACCUAAUACUAUAACAUACAAUGUAAUGAUUAAAGGCCUUUGUAAAGAAGGAUUGCUGAAAGAAGCAGAGGAAUUGUUCUUGGAAAUGAAAGAGAAGGGUUAUCUGCCAGAUGAAUCCACAUUUAAUAUUAUAGUAGGGGCUUUUCUUGAGAAGAAUGAGACCCAUAGAGCAACGCAGCUUCUGAAUGAAAUGAUUGAGAAGGGUUUCUCACCAAGUUCACACAUUACAUCACUAAUAGUGAACUUGCUUGAAGUGGAUGGCAUAGAUCGUGGAUAUGUAGAAAUGCUCCAGAAGUUCUUGCCAAGGACAAGGAAAUGAACUAAACCCAAGUUAACAUUCUGCGCAGAGUGUAGCUACUCAUCUCUCUGAGGGUCAUAUUUUAUAUCUUGAAAUUGAUAAAGGUGCAGCCUUUGCAAGAGUCUCAAUAUAACGCCUGAAGACUAGGUAAAACCAUUCAUAUGUGGAGAAUUGUUUUUGGAUGCUAAGCUGUCAAUUUGCGUUCUUGAGAGGGGUGGCUGGAUGCAAACCUAACCUUUGGCUUUUUUUUCCACAAAGUGGAUUUUUCUAAUCUCUGAAAACAACAACCAUAGAGAUAGAGGUAUACAAAGCAUUCAUAUAUGAUGGCAUUUCUCAAUCUUUAUAUCGAAGAGAAUAAGUCAUAAUACAGUGUAUCAUCUUAGGUGGGAAAAUCACAUAUAUGAUGACAUUUCUCAACCUAUCCAUUAAGUUGCAUGCUACAUUACUUGAUAUCCUGUUCCAGAAUCUUGUGACCUGUAAAUUUACUUGGUUGUACUUGCUGUUGCAGCUUUGCCAUUCACUCUUAUGGUCAUUCUUCUUGUUGCCUAUGGUUGUUUAGGUUCCAUGCUACAGUCUUCCAUAAGCAAGGUGAUCUUCAUUAGAAAAAAACAAUGCUACAGAAGAUAUUCCUGUA